GCCUUUUGCCUGCAACGAUUAAAUAUUGCCCCUUUAAGUCCCACAAUCUGAAACAGGCGAAUUAUUUCAAGUUUUUCCGCCUCGACGUGUCGCCAGUGCCGAUACUGUAACCAGCUCCUCCAGGAAACAAAGGUUUCCAGUGAGAGAGCAGCUCGCUGCUUCAUCCAAGCGGAUUUCAGCCUGUCAUACCAAAAAAUUAGAACCAUAAACCAGACCAUAAAACCCGAUCGGUAUGUGUAAUGUACAUCAAAGCCGUCGUAAUCAGUUUAUGGUUGGAGUAGUGAGAAAUAUCAGUGAUCAUUAUAUUAUAGCUUACUGUGUGUAUAACAUAACCGAGCUUGUCACUGUAAAUCGAGCAGGAUUCCACACAAUAGAAAUGGAAAAAUGUAGAUUAAGACGAAGGAGCACAAUAAACAUCAUGGUGUGUAUCUGCAUUAAUGCCACAUUAAUAUGUGCUUCAUCAUGUAAAAUGACGGUAUCAGUGGGACAGGAAACGAUCGCACCUCUUUCCUGUGUGAAGUAAAUAUAGCAUUUGUCAUUGAAUAAAUUAUUUCAUGGGUGUGCAUACACACCUGAAAAUAGCCAUUCAGCUAUGAGGAAAAGCCUCUUGCUAUCCCGCCUCCAUUUAUUAUUGUUUUUUUAAGCUUGAACGCCCAGCUACAGGGUGUGACAGGGUGAAGGACUUACCUGUCGACAUCUUCACUGGUGUUCAUUUCAACAGUCAUGGAUAUUCCAGUCGGAAGCCUCAUUCAGGUUUUCAACCAGGUUCAUUUGGGUUCAAACGAGACUGGCUGUACUGGUUUCUUAAUUUGUUGGUUUGAUAACUGUACCACUAUAUCUACUGGCUCCCUAAAGAUUGGGGGCAAUAAGCACACAAUGAAUGACCACUUGCACAUUGGGAACCACCAGCAGAUACAUGUUCAGCAGUUGUUUGAGGAAAACAGCAACAAAAGGACACUGUUGACCUCACAGCCCAACGGCUUGACGACAGUGGACCGGACGGGUCUCCCAGUGCCCGACAGGCAGUUGGAGGGCACCCAGUGUCGUCAGGGCAGUUCCACCUCCCUCAAGUCCUCUGAUAGCAAGUCUAAACCAGUCUCUCUAACACCUGAGCAGGCUAUGAAGCAGUACAUGUCCAAACUCAUGGCUUUUGAGCACCAAGAAAUAUUCAACUACCCGGAGAUUUACUUCACUGGUCCCAAUGCCAAGAAGCGCUCCGGCGUGAUUGGGGGCUCCAAUAAUGGUGGCUAUGAUGACGACCAGGGCUCCUACAUCCACGUGCCCCAUGACCACAUCGCUUACCGCUACGAGGUGCUCAAGGUCAUCGGCAAGGGCAGCUUUGGGCAGGUGGUGAAGGCCUAUGACCACAAGUCGCACCAGCAUGUGGCUCUCAAGAUGGUGCGCAACGAGAAGCGCUUCCAUCGGCAGGCGGCCGAAGAGAUACGGAUCCUGGAACAUCUACGCAAGCAGGACAAGGAUUCCACCAUGAACGUCAUCCACAUGUUGGAGCACUUCACAUUCCGCAACCACAUCUGCAUGACUUUUGAACUGCUCAGUAUGAACCUCUACGAGCUCAUCAAGAAGAACAAGUUUCAAGGCUUCAGCCUGCCACUGGUGCGCAAGUUUGCACACUCCAUUCUCCAGUGUCUGGACUCUUUGCACAAGAACCGGAUCAUCCACUGUGACCUCAAACCUGAAAACAUCUUGCUGAAGCAGCAGGGUCGCAGUGGGAUUAAAGUCAUUGACUUUGGUUCCAGCUGCUAUGAGCACCAGCGGGUCUACACUUACAUCCAGUCCCGUUUCUACAGAGCACCGGAGGUCAUCCUAGGGUCUCGGUAUGGAAUGCCCAUCGAUAUGUGGAGCUUGGGUUGCAUUUUGGCGGAGCUUCUGACAGGGUACCCUCUUUUGCCAGGGGAAGACGAAGGGGACCAGCUAGCCUGCAUCAUCGAACUUCUCGGAAUGCCUUCGCAAAAACUGCUGGAUGCAUCCAAAAGAGCCAAAAAUUUCGUUAGCUCCAAAGGCUACCCUCGGUACUGCACAGUCACUACUCUGCCGGACGGCUCUGUGGUGCUGAACGGAGGACGCUCGCGUCGGGGCAAAGUUCGGGGUCCCCCUGGGAGCAAGGAUUGGGUGACGGCCCUCAAGGGCUGCGAUGACCCUCUCUUCUUGGACUUCCUCAAACAGUGUCUGGAGUGGGACCCCUCUCUGCGCAUGACCCCCAGCCAGGCCCUGCGCCACCCCUGGCUCCGGAGACGCUUGCCAAAACCCCCUACAGUGGACAAAACCCCCAUAAAACGAAUCACAGAAGGCUCAGGUGCUAUUACGUCAAUUUCCAAAUUACCUCCAACUACCGGCUCAGUCAGUAAGCUGAGGACUAGUCUGGCACAAAUGACUGAUGCCAAUGGGAAUAUACAACAAAGAACAAUGCUGCCAAAACUAGUCAACUGAACACCAGGCACGUUCUGUCCACUAAUUUAUUUUUUAAAAGGAGACGUUUUUAUUUCCAGAGGCUGUAAGGAAAGCGAAACCAUCCUACUGCUGGACGUCACUCUAUUAUAAGUGCGAUCAUAGCAUUUUAGGGUUAGCGCUGUGUUUUAGUAAUUAUUAUAUUGCCGUUUUUAAUUGCUAAUUUUUAUAAAUCUUGAAAUGGUGAAAAGGAAACAAGGCUUUUGGGUUCUUUUAGAGGGCUUGCCAGAACAGGGUUGCCAACGCUUGUGCAGUCAAGCCAAAUAAAUUAUGAAGCCCAACUGUUGUGUAGCGCAGUCGUUAUGAGAGAUGCUGUGGCUGGCCACGAGGUAAGAAGACUGCAAUUCCGAGUCCUAGGGGUCUGUAGGGCUUUUCUUAGUUCUCACCUCUCAUCAUUGUAGGGCUCAUUUUGUAAAGGGGAAUAAAAGUACCUCAUUUCUAUUCAGGUAGCAGAAGGACAACCUUUUGCAAGGGGAGGGAUGUUUUGAGAGAGAACUUGAAAACGGAAGGACUUUGUCAGUGGAAGGAAAAAAUAUCGAAGGAGCUAAUGACAAGAAAUGUUUCGUUUUGAAAAGUUUACAUGACUUGGUACGUGCCUAAAUUCUCUUGACAUUCCUUACAAAGAGGAACUGCUAAAAGUGGCAUGGUGCGUUUGUAGAAAGACGAGGAAGAGCAGCGCUAAUGCUAGGCACUGCUGCCGUAGCCUUUACUCGUGUCUCAUUUGUAGAUUGACUACAAAAAAAAAGCAAAAAAAUCUUUUAUUUUUUUACAGAGCAGGGAAAACUACUCUGGUGCUUUACCUUUCUAAUUAAGGUAUUUUUUGUUCUUUAAAAAAAAAAAAUUAAAGUCGGAAACAUGGUGGUUAGGAAUUCUGCUUUACCUUAGCGGUUUGCACGCUAAUGCGCUAACUCUCCUGGUGGGUGGCUCUGAGUCGGACUCUGCUGACGCGAGAGUGUUCGCUGUGAGUCAGCGGAUGGGGCCCGCAGGUGCAAACCCAAGGUCCGUGACUCCAGAGCUUCCCGCGCAGGCGGCCUCGCCCCGGAGUGCCCGUCCUGAGGGAGCCUAUGCUCUGCCCUCAGGUAACAUGGGCGGUUUAGAGUGCUUCGUCUCUGUUCCUUCUCAAUGUUCAGGUUGUCCACUGUAGCAAUGUUUACCGUCCCCUGCUGACUUGCUGUAGAAUAGGGUUUGCGCUUUGGAAAAUUAAGUAGGGCAGUCUUGAGUGGGCUCAUAAAUGUUUGGCAGGCUUUAAAACCCAAAAUAGCUUGUUCCCUUUUCCCUUUUUGAGGCCAAAAGGUGGCAUAGUAAUUCAAUGUUUUGAAUCCCCUUUGCUCAAGUAAUUUUUUUUAUUUUUUUUUGUCCUUUUUGCUUGACGUCUUUUUAAUCCAAUAUCCUGUUUAAAUGAUUUCAGCUAUGCACUGUUCAUUAGUGAACACCUAGCCAGAUGUGUAUUUGGCAUUUUACGAGCUUUUGUCUCGAAAGGAAGUGAGAGCUACCAUUUCGGUUGCGUUUUUGACACGUUUUUAAAUACUAUAACUUUGUUGACUUGUUUUUAGAGCUUCAUAUUUAUUUCGUACAUGAUUUUCACUGAGGACUUUUAGGAGGAGAAAGAAAAUACAAGAAAAGCCAUACUGGAAACGGUAGGGCGUUAAUGUGCUGCAUCAGCUUUGUUACCACGGUAACUGCAGCGUGCACUAACAGUGUUCUCUUGGAAUGAUGUCACCUAAUACCACACCCAGACUCCUCUAUUAAGUAGAAGGAAAGGAAUCCCUUGUUGAGGAGGCUCUAUGAGUCACAGAGGGCAGACCAGGGCUUGUCAGGGACUCCCGACAGGCAACCGUGGCAACUGCCCAUGCCUUGCGUCUCUAGUUGCUGAUUAACUGCCAACCCUCCUUUGUAGCGCAGCUCUAACGAGCAUCUCAUUGGCUGUUCCCACAAGCUGUAUCUGACCGACCAAUGAGCAAAGAGGGUGCAUCUUCACAAUGACUUCAUUUUGUACUGGUAGUAGUAUGUGAACUGAUGCCCUACGGUGUGUAACAAUGUGCCUUUGGUUAUCAAUGCUGUUUUCUUUACAGUAGUUCCCCUUUUUUUUGGUGGGGGAGGGGUAUGAUUUACAGUAGUUUAGUGACACUGUUCCUCAUACAGAUUUGAGUAACAUCUACAGAGUCUCUCAUGUUCCGUUGCAUUCUGAGAAGCAACGUUGUGUAACGAUCCAUAUACAGAAGAUGUUUUCAUACCCUGUGUGGAAAAGAACUCAUUUUAUCGAAGUCCCUGUCUCAGCACAGAAAUCUCUACAAGUGAUUUUUAAAGAAGAGUAUCAUAUCUAAGUAGACCUCUCUCACAGGGCGGACGCUAACUUCACUGUAAUAUCUUUUGUCUUAACGUGACGCAACUCAGAAUUAAACGUUAAAUUUUAAACUUGACACUAGUUAAAAAAUAAUCUAUACAAACAUUUUUACCUCAGACUGUUUAUACGUUUAUAAGCUCCCAGGGCAUUUGGGCAUGUACCAAAGUGCAUUCCCGCCUCGCUAUCUGUGGCAACAGCAUUGGUAGCACACACGCUGGAUCGCGUUACUUCUGAGAAAAGGCACUCCAAGCCAUUCUGUCACUCAAGGGCCACGCUUAGAUAAUGUCUGCUCCCGGUCAAGAGAAGCAUUUCGCUGUGAUACUACAAGCCCACGUAGUGUGAAUCUAUCAGCGGCACCCGCUUCGAUGCACCUGGGGGUUGGCAUGACCUGUCUCAAGGCGCAGUGGGCAGUGGGCAUGAAAUCUGAUGACCGACACGGCGGUAUGCACCUUCUACUGUUUGUGUCAAAAUACUAGGGCUGAAUCUGAGUCAGCCAUUGUCCGUCAACAUCAACGACAGUGGCUGGUGUCUGUCUGUCUGUGUGUGUGUUUGUUUGUUUUUGUUUUUUACAAGACUGAGAAACCAGUCAGAGGACUUGUGAGUAUUUUUGCUGGAGUUAUGUGUAAUGUACAUAUGAGGUUACUCUGAAUUCACCGUGGACAUGGUACAUAUCGUGAUUUUUAAAUUGUUUUUUUGGUUUGUUUUUUUAUUUUUGCUCGUUAAAUGCUGCUGAAAACACUACAUAAUUGCAGUAGUGAGUUUUAAUCUUGGCGGCCAGUUUUAUGAUACUGUAAGUAUUGUACAGCUGAUGAAGUAAACCUUUCUUCUAGUGGUCAUUUGUUAAAUUUUAUUGUUGUGGCCAGAAAAUAUUAAUAAAAAAAAAUUUAUGUGCA